GCAAGGUUUUUUGCGAGCGGUGAGCUUGGCACUGCGGGUCAAGGAGGAUGGGCUCCUCCUUGGAGGACCUCCUUGUGGGCCGUGGGUAUUUGUUAAUGCAGGUACUCACAAAAGGCGCCUGACCAAUAUUUGGGGGGACCUUGGCUCUCGCUAUGUUCAGUCAUCCAACACGUUGACUGCGCGCUGGGCUCUCAUCCUCUUGGUGGGUGCUGUGAGGUGCAUAGCCUCAUUCACAGAGCAACCAGGAGGCUCGUUGAUGCGUCAUUACCCGUACAUCUUCCAUCUUCGUCGGAUGAUUCGUGAAGUUCUUGGUGGCACUUGGGACUCCACCUUCUUUUACAUGGGGUCCUUUGGACACAAAGCUUUGAAACCCAGUCGAGGACUGGGGUCUGCGCUGUGGGCGAAGUCUUUGCGGAAGCCAAUUUCAAAGGCCAAAAGGGAGAAACUUCGGAAGUCUGGUGCUGGCAUGGUGAAAAAGUACCAGAAUGCAAAAGGGGAAUGGAAGCUGGUGGGCACUCCAUUCCUGAAGCAGAGCGCAGCCUACACGCCCAAGUUUGCCCGCACAGUGUGCAAACUACACCUCAAGUAUAUGGAGACACAUAAGGGACAUCUACGCCGUGAGAUGUAUGGGAAACCUGUGGAAGACCUACACAAGGCCAAGCAACCCUACAAGUGGAAGCAUGCCAACUUGCAGGAGAUUAGAAAGUUUCUUCUUUCGGAAGUUGAAGCUGGGCGAUACUGUCCAGUACUAGACUUGUGA